AUGCGCCUCGAAGCCGCUUGUACUGGCAGCAGCUCAGUUGGCCCACUCCCCCAUGGUCUGCUAGCGUGCGCUGUUGGUCACUCCAUUCCCAAUAGCCCCGAUCUUCAACCGCAUCUUCAAAAAAUCUGGACGCAUGUUAUCAACGGCCUUGAGGACGAGUUCCGCACUCCGCGGCUUGCCACUCUGCAAGUCGCUAUCCUGGCUAUUGCGUCACGGCCUUGCGAAAACAUUGGACAAAGGGAUGUGUUGGUGUCAAAGUCAGUGGCAGUUGCGUAUCUUCUCGGGCUACACAUGGACCCUGCCCGGUGGGAACUGCCAAUAUGGGAAAGAUCUCUCCGGAAACGCCUAUGGUGGACGCUUUUUAUCUUUGAUAAGUGGCGUGCACUCGUCUACGGCAGACCAAGCUUUAUCCACUCGACUGAGUGGCAUGUAUCCAUACCUAAAGUUGAGGACUGCGACUGGGGUCGAUAUGCUGCACCCGAGUUGAUCGUAUCCUUCAAGGCAUUUAUUUACAUGUGCCGUAUGACGCAAAUCGUUGACUCGGUUGUGCAGUCAUUUAUGUCUGUCAAGAGUCUUCUAGAUCCACCUGCUCCCUUCGUUAAGGUGGCCUUAUUGGAAGAUGUCAACAUGAAACUUGCAACCGUUGAGGAAGAGAUGCCAGAAAGUUUCAAGUGGAAUGGAACUGCCGCCGAAGGAAGUACUAUGCCCACAGGCGUUCGAUCCGCACAGUUAUCUAUGCUAGGACUGCGAAUCAUUGUAUAUCGGCUUCAUCUCAAUGUGGCAUACCGCAACAUACCGCUACAGUACAACUCAGUUGCGCAUAUUGCCAACGACAUCUGCAAAGAUAUGGCGGAUUUUCUUGACAUCCUGACUGGCCCUGACCUUCAGUUGUUUUGGUUCCCUUAUACUGCGGACCAUAUAUCCAACUGUGGCUCUCUGCUUUUACGGAUAGCCAUACGCGGUAAGGCGACACACACUACAGAGGGAAUUACUGCGGAACAGCUGGUUCGACGCCUAGUAGACCGCCUGAUUGAGCUAUAUGAGACCCAUCAAUGGGACAUUGCCGAAGCGGCGCUGCGCCGACUUGACCCACCUCUGCUAGCUGCUAGAAAGACACUCGACAGUGCUGAUAUAAUCCAUCGAAAAAUUGCUAGCACGAUGUCCUGGAACUCUUCAGGCGCGUUUCCGCAGUCGCCUCACGCUGAAGCAGGUCACCCUGGCGAGGAGCCCGGAAACACAGACUUAUCAUUCUCUAUGGGGCUCAAUAACGGUCUUGGAUCAUCUUGGGCCCCGGAAAGCGUAAUAUGGGAAUUCCCAGGCUGGGGAUCGGACGAGGGUAUACCGGGUGGCCACCCCGUCUGA